GGCAAGCUCUGUCUGGCGAGAAUUAAUAAUUUUACGACUUUCGAACGAAUUAGACGACGUGAAAAUGGAAAAACCAAACAACGCAGCGAUUGUCGACUCAAAUAAGACGCUUCAUUGAGUUUAAGCAUUUGUUUGAAUUACAAAAAAAAAAAACAAACCAAAAGCUUUAAUGCAAAAGCAAACAGUCUACAGCUAAAAUCACGAUCAAGUUUGACAGCCAGCUCCAAGGAAUAAUCAAGAUUUGAGACUUGAAUUAUCAAACUAAAAUAUAUCCUACAAAAUGUUGCGCAAUAAUCCUUUUCUUGGCACGCCCACAUAUAAAUUGAUAUUGGGUCUGGGACUUUGUUCGCUGGGCGGUGCCAUGCUGUACGCAUACUUUAAGAAUCGCAGCGAUGAGGAUGACCAAGAAGAAAGGAGAAAUCAAUCAGAAUUGGAGCAACAGCAGCAGCAGCAGCAGAGGCCAAAGGAAAUUGUUCUCAAAAUGGUGGUGGACAACGACCAUGUGCCGGUGAUUAUGGGCCGCGGCGGUGCCAAUAUCAAGCUGAUUGAGGAACGGACCACGGCCAAGAUAAGAUUACGCGAUAAAGACACCCAACAAAAAUUUUGCGACAUUAGCGGCAUACCCGAGGCCGUGAAGGCAGCCCGUGUGCUGCUCAUACGUGACCUGGAGCGUGCACCCGUUGUCAAGGUGGAGCUGCAGGUGCCACAGCGGCUGGUGAGCAAACUGAAUGGACGUGGUGGCGAGAUUAUCCAGGACAUUGGACGCCAUUCGUUGGCCAAGGUCACAAUCGACACAAACGGACGGAAUGGCAAGGCAAAGAUCACAUUGGUGGGCAAUCAGAAGCAAGUGAAUAUUGCACGCAAAUUGCUGGACGAUCAGAUCGAGGAGGAAGAAGAGCUGCUGCGUUCCGUCGAGGAAGUGGAGCAACGUCGUGAGCCACGCCGUUCGCCCACCAAUAGUGUGGCCUGCUCCAGCCUGUACUCGUCGCAGACAUCACUCAGCUCCAUGCAGCCGCGCGACAAACUGAUGGCUGCCCGUGGCGAUGACAAGCCCAUGGAGGUGUAUGUCUCCGCUGUGGCCUCGCCCACCAAGUUUUGGGUGCAACUGGUGGGUCCGCAGUCGAAGAAACUCGAUGAUAUGGUCAAGGAGAUGACCAACUACUAUAGCAGUGCCGAGAACCGAGCCAAACAUGUCCUCACAGCACCCUAUGUGGGUCAGAUUGUGGCCGCUGUAUUUAAAUUUGAUGAGAAAUGGUAUCGCGCUGAGAUCGUUGACAUUAUGCCCAACCAAUACAAUCCCCAGGAGCUGGUGAUUGAUCUUUAUUUUGUGGACUACGGCGACAGCGAGUACAUUUCCCCAGCGGACAUUUGUGAGCUGCGCACCGAUUUCCUGACACUCAGAUUCCAAGCUGUUGAAUGCUUUUUGGCCAAUGUCAAGUCCACCAUUAGCAGUGAGCCAAAUACUUGGCCAAAAUCAUCCAUAACCAAGUUUGAAGAGAUGACAGAGGUGGCCCACUGGCGUAAGCUUAACGCACGUGUUGUCACCUACAAAGAGCGUCCAAAGGUGAGCUCGGCAGUGAAUGCAGCCGCCCGUGAGGGCACACCAUUGCCAGGCGUGGAGCUGUUUGAUCCCGCCGAAGGAGCUGAUUUGAAUAUUGGCGAUUUGAUGAUUACACAGGGCUUUGCCCUGCCCCUAGACGAUGAAUAUCCAGUGCGUUCACGUUCCAGCACGCUCUCGAAUCAAAGCGACUCAACGAUUGAGGAACUGUGUGCCAGCACAACGCCUUUGACGCCCCACUCGCCCAUGUCGAUGUCGCUAACAAUCGAUGCCGACAGCAGCUCCACAUCAGCGGAGGAUGCGCAUUUUGCCCAGCAGCUAGAGCAGUUGCAGCAUAAACUAAAUGGCAAUGACCUGGCCAGCAUAGAUCCAGUGAAACUUACAACGACAGACCAUCAAAGUGGCAACAACAAUAAUUCACCGACCACAAAUGGGCAUGGCAACCACUAGUUAUGCUCGCUUAAUUUACUCAAGGGCAGCUCUCCUUACUUGACGUGUACAUAAAAUGCUUAGUUUUUAAGGCAAUAUCCUUACAUUGUAGUUAUGAAGAAAUUGUUUAAUGUAUCCACCCCCCGGCAAGCUGGGGGGCUGCAUAUCCUAGACUCGGAACUGACGAUAAUUUAUAUAUAUAUGUCGUGGACUGGCACAAAUCCUUAAUUGUUUAUAGAAAUGAACUAUAUGCCAUGUUACUUAUUGUUUUUAGCAAUAGACGAUCAAAACUUUGUAAAAAUUACACAAAAAACACACAAAAAUGUA